ACGCACAGCUCUCCUUGGAUUUGGAGGGUGCUCAUGUCACCCACCAGGAGGGAGGCCACGGCCACUGCAGAGGACUCCGUCAGAAUAAGACAUUAUUAGUGAAUUUAACAUGUAGUUUGUCUUUUUGUAUAUAUAUUUUUUCUUCCGUCGACACUUUUUUUCUCUACAAUUUUCUUCAAUAUCACACGGAGGUAUUUGUUGGAUUUAUGAUUUGAAGACGCGCAGUAGACGAUGCGACUCGGAGGUGAAUCUAAAGGGGCUUAUGGCAGACUGAAGAGGAGAUACCAGCCAAUCACAACACAAAUAGGAGUCUGAGGUGAGCUCUCCAAAAUGGAUUCCUAUGGAGUUUCCCUCAACCGCAGUCAGUCAUUGGCGAGUGGUCUGGAGAAGACGUCACCAGCGUGGAACAAGACAUCCCACUCUCGGAGCAGUAGCACUCUCUCAUCACGCCACUCCAGACAAAUCAUAAAAGAUUGGGAGGUGAUCGAUGAUCUUCAUGAAAUGCACACAGUGAGUGAAAAUCUUCAGGAAAUUACCACACCAGGUAUUUGUGAAGGAUACCUGCAGAAAAGAAGGAAAUGGCCUCUGAAAGGCUGGCAUAAGCGGUAUUUCAUCUUAGAAGCAGGAAUUUUGCGCUAUUCCAAAAAUCAGCAAGAUGUGUCCAGGGGAAGAGUCCAGGGCUCACUAGAUGUUAGCCUUGCUGUUAUUUCAAUAAACAAAAAAUCUAACCGGAUUGACCUGGAUGCAGGAGACAUUCUCUAUCAUAUGAAGGCAAAAACCCAUGAACUCUUCUACAUUUGGGUGACUAAGUUACAAGCACACCGCUUGUACAAGAAGAAUGAGGCAGCUCAUGUUCACAGUGGCUUCCUCCAGACGCUUUCCCACAACGUCACAGCUGCACAGAUAAAUGGAGAUUUGUGCACUUCAGGUACAGCUGCAGCAUCACGGAUGCUCCCCUCAGCUAACACAGCGGUCAACAGUAAAGUAUCUGCCUGGCUGCAGCAAACUCAUGACCCAGAGAGCUGUGUUCAAGAGCUGAACCGUUGCCAUUUGGACCUUUCUGAGUUAAACCGUAUGAUCCAGAGGCUGCAGGCACUGGAGGCUGGCCAAGCUUUCACUAAUGGAGAUCUGCAGCGCAUCAUCAGCAUACAGAAUCUUUCGCUUGAGAAACCAAAAAAGCAAAGACCAGCAAAAAUGUGGGGACACUCUCGCACACUCUCCAGAGUCGAGGCCCUAGGAAUGCCUAUUCGUGGGAUUACUAAAUCGCUGUCCUCGAGCCACCUGAGCAGUGCGCCUCACCUCGGUACAUCCGUCCCUUCCAUCCCUGACUAUGUAUACUCCCAGCUGUCCCCUCCCAAUGUCUUAUCACCAGAGGGAAAGAAAAUUCAGCAGGACAUCUGUGCCAUGUCCGUAAGAGUACUUGCAUCCCUGAAGUCAGUGCAUGAGACUCUUUCCCAGGAGCGGCAGAAGCUUCAGGAAGUUUGGGAGGCUAAUAACAUCCACAUGUCUAACACUUUAUGUGAGCCUGCAACUGCUAGACAUUCAUCCCAUGGGGCUCCCUCAGUAGCAGAUUCAGCUGCUGAAUACUUUGACGCCAGCGAUGACAUUCUUUGUGGCAGCUCCUCUGAGGUGUCAGAUGAAUCGGGACUAAGUGACGGAAGCACCACCAAUUCUGAACCAGAAGAAGGACAUGUAUCCGCUACCCGCAAGUACCGUGCCAGUAUUUCCAGGACUCCCAACAGUGUCGUUCCUAAAAGUACUGGACGUCGAACGACACUGCCUGCUCAUUGUCCAGACAACAGCCACGUGGGUCUGAUGGCAAUCCUUUACAACAAUAUAGGUAAAGACUUGGCUCGAGUGUCUAUGCCUGCUGCUCUCAAUGAGCCAGUUAAUCUGCUGCAGAGGCUGUGUGAGGAACUGGAGUACAGUGACCUGCUGGACACGGCCAAUGAUACACCAGACCCCUACCAGAGGAUGGUUUAUAUCGCUGCCUUUGCCAUUUCUGGAUACUCCACUGCAACGUUCAGAAACCGCUACAAACCCUUUAACCCGGUGCUGGGGGAGACCUUUGAGUGUAUUAGAGAGGACAGAGGCUUCCAAUUCAUCAGUGAGCAGGUCUGCCACCAUCCACCCAUCUCAGCCUGUCAUGCUGACUCUGAUAACUUCUCUUUCUGGCAAGACCAGAGAUGGAAAAACAAGUUCUGGGGAAAGUCACUGGAGAUUCUGCCCACAGGAAUGGUGAAUGUCACUCUUCCAAGGUAUGGAGAUCACUAUGAGUGGAACAAGGUUGUGACCUGCAUCCAUAACGUCCUCAGUCAGCAGCGCUAUCUGGAGCAUUAUGGAGAGGUCACUAUUCGAAACCUUAACAGCGAUGUCUGCACCUGCAAAAUUACAUUUGUCAAGUCUCGUUACUGGGGUUCGGAUACAAACAAGAAUGAGGUGCAGGGAACAGUGCUGGACCAAAGUGGGAGUGUUAUUCACCGGUUUGGGGGUUUGUGGCAUGAAGGCAUCUUCUGCGACACUUUGCCAACUCCAAAAUGUAUUUGGAAGCCAAAUCCCCAGCCAAAGGAUUAUCUCCUCUACUAUGGUUUCUCCACCUUUGCCAUGGAGAUGAAUGAACUCCCCCCAGACCUGAUACCUCUCCUUCCCCCUACGGACACCCGCUUACGCCCAGACCAAAGAAUGCUUGAAGAGGGGAAGGUAGAUGAGUCAGACAGAAAAAAAGAUGACAUAGAAGAACUUCAGAGGGAACGGAGGAAAGAGCUUGCCAAAAAGGGUGAAGAGCAUGUUCCACGAUUUUUUAAAAAAGCCAAAGACUCCUGUGGACGGGAUGUAUGGCUGACAAAUGGAAAUUACUGGAACCUCAGAGAGAAUCCAGGAUUUGCAAAUACAGAAAACCUAAUUCUGUGGUGAUGAUCAAUAGAGAUGUGGAAAUCAGGACAGCAUACAUGAGCCGCUCUGGAAAUCAUGUAGAACGGCGAUUGUGCUAAUUUUCUGUCGGACUCUUCUUUCUGUGCACCCAUGACUGGCUCAUGGGAGCCACCAGCCUCUACUAGUAAAAUCAGAAAGUCACAUCAAGUUACCCAACAAGUGCAAUGAGGAAAGAACCUUCUCAUCAAGUUUUGUAGUGCACAUUUUCAUGUUUAUAGAUGACUUUGAUUAACAUAUUUAAUAUUGGUUAAGAGGGAUGACUAUUUAACACACACACUGACGCACAAACUGACUACAUGACCUAAAAACAAAACUACUGAAUCUCUCUGUUAUAUGCUGUUGCCUGUAAAGUUAAAAUCAUUUUGUUUUCAGACACACUCCUCUUUUUCUUCCAAUUCAUACACAUCAGUAUCACCUUUGACCAGCUGCAUUUAUGACAUAUUGAGUCUCCAUUUUACUUUAUCUAUCAAGAAUAAAUCACAUUGUCCCAAUCAUUUUAUGAAAACAGGUAAAAAUAUUUUAAUUCCAACCUUAUGUACUGUACUAUAUAUUUUAUAUAGGCCUCUUACAAUCAUAUUAUUUUGUACUUAGUGUACAACAUUCAAUCAGUCUCCUCCUCUUUGCUUUUUACACUGAAUUUGCAUAAAUAUACCUUAGUCAAUGCCACUGUUUAAAGGUGUACAAUGUGUAACACUGCUGAGCAUUAAGUACUCCAACUUGGUAUCUGUGGCCUUCACAUUGGUGAGAGAGUCUGGGUACUAUCUGAUGAUGCUGUGUUGAAUCUUUUCACCUGCUUAGAAAUAGCAGUUUGGGGAGGAAACGAUUAAAGAUAUUACUAGGCUUAAUACAUUGGUCACUAAAUGCAAAAACCAGUGAAGUUUACCAAAAAAGGUUGAACUACCUCUUUGGAAAAUAAUAUUUGAAUGAUUUUUUUGUAGUUUUGAAGACACACCUGUGUAAGAUAAAAAAGAAAAAAAAACAAGAUGUGAUAUUAUUUUUCAAAGAUAUUUUGCUUUUAUGCCGCUAUUAGGGCAUAUCCAGCUGGUUGGAAACAUAUUUAUAAAGCGUAUUAAACUGUUGAUAUCA